GUUUUCAUUUACCACCACAGUGAUACGUAUGCAUCGAAUACACGAAUUCCACUGUAAACAUUUCACUCGUUCUAUUUCGCAGUCAAACAAUUCAUUUUUUGUUAGUGAUUUACAAUAAAGAAGUCAGCUUGUAAUCACACAGUGUGAUGACAUUGAAAACAUUCAAUGGAAUUGACCCAUUUCGAAAAUAAUUUACAUUUAUUACGGCAAAAAAAUGACAAAUUCAUUCAUAUAUUUUGCUUUAACUGAAGCUCACAAACAACAAUAGAGCCUAAAAUUAUUGUGUGUUUUAGAGCAUUUCACAUCUCAUCGCAUCUCAUUCGUGUUUGUGCAUAUUUGACGUGUUUGCGUUUUGGGUUCCACAUCGUAGCAUUGGUGUAAAUAAACUUAUUUAAUCUCGUACUAGCAUCUCGAUCUGUUAAAUAGUGUACGCUUCAACGCUUUAAUUCAGUUCACGUCACUGUUAAGUCGAUCAGUUAUUCAAUUGAAGUAUUUUUUUUCUUUAUCGGUAAGACCAUCUUCGUUUUGCUGACUUCAUCACUAAAUUAUUAUAUAGUGCAAUAUCAGCUGUUAACGUUGGUGUGACGACCGCAAGAAACAAGUUUCAUUCGUAUGACUUCAUACCAAUAGAUUGUCCAGUGGGUGUUUUCAAGUCGAAGAGAUUACUUUUUUUCGUGGAAGCGGAACAUAAUCGCUGUUGGGUGUUUUCUCUUUGUGCGGAUGUGUUAACAUUUCAUGUUAACAAUUGUAAUGUAUUUAUAUCCGACUAGAACUAGAUUGUAAUUGUUUGAUAAAUGACGCAUUGAUAUUGGUGUAGUUAUUUUUCGUAUUGUCUCGUCAAAAAGUAUCAAGUGUAUAUGUGCUAAAUAUGUUUUCAACGUCAAACUCUACGGAUGCCAUUAAUCCGAAUAUCAUUCAAGCAGAAACUGAACGCUCUCCCAUAGCUGGCAUGCGAAUUUUUCGACAAUUUGGCGCAAUGGUUGGAAAUAGCCAAUCAACAAGUUCCAAUUCCGCUUCGGAUGGUUAUGUUGAGUUUGGUAUUUCGGAUACAGAACGUUCCGGCCGUACAUUGGGAACAUUCGCCGGUGUUUUUAGCCCAGUUGCUCUCUCAAUGUUCAGUGCAUUGCUGUUCAUUCGUGUUGGUUUCUUGGUGGGCAAUGCAGGCCUCUACGAAGUGUUACUUCAAUUCAUAAUUGCUUACGCGAUAUUAUUGUUUACCGUUUCAUCGGUAUGUGCAAUUUCAACGAAUGGAGCUGUGGAAGGGGGCGGUGUAUACUUUAUGAUAAGCCGAACAUUGGGGCCAGAAUUUGGUGGUGCAAUAGGAACAUUGUUUUUCUUCGCGAACAUUGUUGGAAGUGCCUUAGCAAUUUCGGGAUGUGUUGAAGGAAUCGUGGAAAAUCUCGGGCCUGGUGGCUAUUACGGCGGUGAAAGUGGAUUCAUACAAGAUUCACGCUGGUGGAGAUUCCUUUACUGCACACUUGUCAACACACUCAUGUUAAUUGUGUGUUUGGUCGGUGCAUCUUUACUCGCUAAAACCUACGUGUUGAUUUUGGGCAUCGUGAUUGUGUGUUUGAUUUCAACAUUUGUCAGCUUUUUAACACAAGGCGAAAUGGAGGUUUCAAUACCCAUUGAAAAUACAAUCGUACAAAAUAAAACGCAUCUGGUAAACUACACAUAUUCUGGUCUCUCGCUUGACACCUUCCAACACAACCUGUACGAGCACUAUGGCAAAGAUUACUCAUCUGGUAAUAGUCAGGUCACAUUUGCCAUUGUGUUUGGCGUUUUGUUCUCUGGAGUAACUGGUAUAAUGGCGGGUGCGAAUAUGAGUGGUGAAUUGAAAAGUCCUAGUCGAAGUAUUCCAGUGGGAACAUUGUCAGCUGUUGCAUUCACAUUCACCUGUUACGUGCUGUUGUCAGUCUUCAUCGCGGCAACAACAACCGGUGAACUUCUCAGGAAUAACUAUUUGUUCCUUAUGCCUGUGAAUCUGUGGCCUUUUUUUGUUGCCAUCGGCAUUUUGACGGCCACAUUCUCAACCGCAUUGAGCAAUUUGAUUGGAUCGAGUCGUGUGCUCGAGGCGAUUGCCCGAGACAGAGUGUACGGAAGAAUUUUGGACUUUGUUACACGCGGAACAUACAGAAACAAUCCCAUUUUGGCCGUUUUAAUUAGCUAUCUUCUUGUGGAAGCCAUUCUUCUGAUCGGAUCAUUGAAUUUAAUCGCACAAAUCAACUCAGUGCUAUUCUUGUUGUCUUAUAUGGCAACCAAUUUAGCAUGCUUGGGCAUUGAAUUGACUGGCGCUCCGAAUUUCCGUCCAACAUUCAAAUAUUUCACUUGGCAUACAUGCCUCAUUGGAUUGCUGGGAACGCUGAUCAUGAUGUUUAUUAUCAACUUCAUCUAUGCCUCUAUUAGCAUCAUUUUGUGCUUGAUAUUGAUCAUCUGUUUGCACAUUUUCUCACCGAUUUCACAAAAAUCCGACAGCGGUUCGAUAUCACAAGCGUUAAUGUUCCAUCAAGUCCGAAAAUACCUGCUAAUGUUAGACUCGCGAAAAGAUCACGUGAAAUUCUGGCGACCACAAAUGUUAUUGUUGGUGUCAAGUCCACGAACAUCGUGUCCUUUGAUCGAUUUUGUGAAUGACAUGAAAAAAGGUGGACUGUAUGUGUUGGGCCACGUAAAAGUCGGUGAAUUCAGCGAUUAUGAUUCAAAUAUCGAUCCAACAAUCGAAGAAUAUGGCAAAUGGCUGUCGUUGAUUGAUCACAUGCGGGUGAAAGCAUUUGCUGAGGUCACCAUGGCACGAACCAUUCGUGAAGGUAUACAGCAUUUGAUCAGAAUCAGUGGAAUGGGCGCAAUGAAACCGAACACCAUCAUUUUGGGCUUCUAUGAUGAGGAAAAAUUGACUGAUUUCUUCGCGAACGAGACCUCCCUAUACAGAACCGAUAAAUUUGAUAUGAACAACGACAAAAUCUUCCCGAUUCGCCCAGAUGGAAGCCGUGAGCAUUUAACACCAGAAGAAUAUGUGGCGAUUAUAUGUGAUGUUUUACGCAUGAAGAAGAAUAUUUGUCUUUGCCGUCAUUUCCAUCGUUUGGACAAGCAUUUGAUUGCCAAGAGCAACCAUAUUUUAUACAUUGACGUCUGGCCUAUCAAUGUCUUUGAUCCAACGAACAACAAUCCAUCUAUGCCUUAUCCAUUCGAUGUAGUCUCUCUGUUCAUGCUCCAAUUGUCUUGCAUUAUUAACAUGUUACCGAAAUGGAAGAAAUUGGAGCUGCGCGUCUUUUUGUGUGAAUCAAACAAUUCGAGCCGGCAAAGUAUGAACUCAUCAGCAUCAUCGUCCUUUGAACGUCCGGCCGAAUAUAAAUUGCGACAAUUACUUAAGGAACUACGUAUAUCAGCCUCUAUCCACCAAAUACCAGAAUGGUCGCAAAACGAAGAAUUCGCCGAGAAUGGAUCCAUUUUGAAAUUGUUUACGGAUAACAGAGAAACCAACGAAAUGGACAUUUUUGAAGAGGACAUUAAUCGGUCUAAGCUGUAUAUGCAAGGCAUCAACAAAAUAAUUCAAGAACGAUCAAAUCAAUCAGCUUGCACAUUCCUAUACUUGGCACCACCGCCGAAUAUUGAUUCAUCAAACUGGCAAGGCGCCAGCCGGCAAUAUUUGGAGCUAUUGACCGAAUUGACUGUGGAUUUGCCGCCAACAAUUCUCGUUCACGGUGUGCACACAGUCACAUCAACAACUCUCUAACAAUCAGUGAAACCAACCACUGCAGAAAGAUGCGAAAUAAGAACGCGAAUCAAUCCAAUGGAUAUUGAGCUUAGGACACACAACUCUCGACAAUUCGAUCCAUGAUUUACACUAUUUUAGAUUAAAAAAACACUAACUAUUUUUCAUACUAGAAUUAUAUAUAAAUGUGUAUUUGACAUUGUUUUUACAUUCAGAUGCAAGUCGAUAGAGAUUUUAUUAUUUAAGUUGCACAUAGUGCGUCAGGUGUUUAGACUAAAGCAGCAGAUGACAUGCAAAAGUGAUAUCUUCAGUGAUGUGACAGAAACUUCCCCUUCAAACUGACCGCAAAAUUAUCGUAUGAAUUCAACCUUUUGACAUGAAAAAAAAAACAGCAACAAAAAAUAGUAUUUUCUUAGAUAUAAUAAAUGUUGAAUGUUCAUAUAAAUGUUUUUAGAAACUGACAGAUUAAAUUAAAGAUGUACGUUCUACACGGA